UUGCGAUUCGGUUCAUUCAAAAGAAUCUUUUCAACAGAACCGAGUCGCCUAGGAAUCAAUCCAGUACUUAGGCUCAGAGCGCACGCGAGUAUUUACCAGAGUGACGGGAGGAUGUUUGGAUUAUAGUACACAUCUUUGACCGCAGCAGAACAUCUAGCGGCAAAGACAGCGAGUGUGGAUAUACGAGGGGCUUUUUGUUUUGAAUUCUACAGAUCUUUUAUUAAUUCAUUUGAAUGGCUUGGAAAUGGAGAUAGCUUUGGCGAGCUUUGACAAGCGGGGUGAUGGAGGCAGUGAUGGAGAACCCUACCAAAACCAAAACUCCCUGGAUCAUCCACGCUUGGUCCACAACAAAGAACUGUACUCGAGAAGUCCACUACAGAGCUCAUGGAAAAUGAACGACAUGAACAACACAAUGAUGGGCUCCACUGAGAAUACGGUGGAUUAUUACAGUCCCCAUUUGUUUGAUGAGGACAUUCUGGACAUGGAUAUGGACCAUGAGAACAACGAACGAGUUCUUAUCAAUAUCGCCUGACUGAGGUUCGAGACACAGUUGGGCACGCUGAACCAGUUUCCCGACACUUUGCUGGGAGACCCGGACAAAAGAAUAAAGUAUUUUGACCCCCUCAGGAACGAGUAUUUCUUUGAUCGCAACAGACCGAGUUUUGACGGAAUUCUUUAUUUCUAUCAGUCCGGUGGUAAAAUCCGACGACCUGUUAACGUGUCGAUCGAUGUGUUUGCCGACGAGAUCCGGUUUUAUCAGCUGGGAGAAGAAGCAAUGGACCGUUUCCGCGAGGAUGAGGGCUUUAUCAAAGAAGAAGAGAAGCCAUUGCCACAGAAUGAGUUUCAGAAACAGGUAUGGCUCAUCUUUGAGUACCCUGAAAGCUCUAGUCCUGCACGAGGCAUAGCUAUUGUCUCCGUCAUCGUCAUAACCAUCUCCAUCAUAACUUUCUGCCUGGAAACUUUACCCGAGUUUCGCGACGAGCGAGAGCUUCCAGUGACUAGUCGCGCUGUCAAUGGUACUCAAGAGCGUCCAUCACUCACCUUUAGCGACCCGUUCUUCAUCAUUGAAACCACCUGUGUGAUUUGGUUCACCUUUGAGCUCUUCGUGCGCUUCUUUGCUUGUCCUAGUAAGUCUGAAUUCUCCAAAACCAUCAUGAAUAUCAUUGACAUCAUGUCUAUCAUGCCUUACUUCAUCACCUUGGGCACAGAGUUGGCGGAGCAGCAGGGCCAGGAGCACAAUAAUGGCCAGCAGGCCAUGUCAUUGGCCAUACUGAGGGUCAUUCGUUUGGUUCGGGUGUUUCGCAUAUUUAAGCUGUCUAGACACUCCAAGGGACUUCAGAUCUUGGGCCAGACUCUAAAAGCCAGCAUGCGAGAGCUGGGCCUCUUGAUCUUCUUUCUUUUCAUUGGUGUCAUAUUAUUCUCCAGUGCUGUUUUCUUCGCGGAGGCAGAUGAACCCGAGUCUCACUUCUCCAGCAUCCCAGAUGCCUUCUGGUGGGCUGUAGUGACCAUGACAACAGUUGGAUAUGGUGACAUGAGACCGGUGACUGUGGGGGGCAAAAUUGUGGGCUCGCUGUGUGCCAUCGCAGGGGUGUUGACAAUUGCGUUACCGGUGCCUGUCAUUGUGUCUAACUUCAACUAUUUCUACCACAGAGAAACUGACCAAGACCAGGCGUCUCUCAGAGAAGAGCCUAAUAAUGGUGGCCCUUCAAACCCAAGUGAGGAACUUCAUGGGUUGAGGAAAUCAUCAACCUCGAACUCAAAAGAUGGAGAUCACAAUGAAGAAACAAACAUUCCAGUCGAGAAGACUAACACGAAAGCUAACAGCAGAAUGGAUAUUAAACGCUCCCUUUAUACGUUUUGCUUGGACGCUAGAGAAACUGACCUCUAGUUUGUCCAUCUCUACCGGUGCCCGUCAUUGUUUCCAACUUCAGCUAUUUCUAUCUCAGGGAGACCUAGCAGGAGUAGGCAUCUCUCAGAGAAGAGCAUAGUGGUGGCCCUUCCAGCCCGUGUGAUGAACUUCAUGUGUUGAAGAUAUCUUCAAACGCAAGAGAUGGAGAACACAAUGAGGAAGAAAACAUGUUUGAGAUAACUAACAUGAUAAACUGGAUAUUAAAUGUUCCCAAAAAACAGAAACAUCAUGCUAAGUUAAUGCACCCAGAUUCUGGACUGUUAAAAUCCUGGAAAGUUGCAGUUAUUUUUUUAAAGCACAUUUUAAUCUGUUAAUCUCCUGGGCAUCAGCAGCUUUUAAGCAUUACUUUUAUAAUUUCUUAUUCAGAAAUACACAAAAUAAUGAUAAAAAAUAAUAAUUAUGUAAAAUUUUAAGAACUGCUGUGAUGCUUUGAUCACAGGCCUUAACUCUUUCACGGCCUCUUAGGCUGUUCAUAGUUGCCCAGUGAUUCAAAUGUAAAGCCAAAAUAGGUUUUCUUAUUUUAAAACAUACUACUUUAAAAACAAAUGUACAUAUUUUUGUAAAAUAACUGUUUGGUCUUUAGGGUCUCAAUGAAUAUCACUUUCGUAGUUAGUCUUAAAUACUGUUUAUGUGUCGUUUGUGGCUAUCAGUAUUUUAUAAUUUAUUUAUAGCAAUAUUUUUUUCGCUCUCAAAUGUAAAACUGAAAUCUAUGGAGCACUUCAAGGAAAAGGACAACUUUAAUUCCCAACGAUAAAGCCUUGUCGACUUUAAAUGGAUUCAAAAUGGAUUCAAGCAGAAAUGACAGUGUAUAGGAGAAGGAAACCUCAACAAAUGAUGAUCUACAAGAGGAGAACUUAAAGAUGAUCCAGUGAUCAUUUUGCAUGUGAGAUCCCAGAAGAGGAGCCAUAAUCAUGACAACAGAUUCUUCAGACCUUCUGAAAACCUCUGCAGAAACCUGUGCCUUUGAUCAAACCCUGUGAAUCAAUCAUUUUUGUAUGGGGCCAGAGUAUAAAACUGAUACUGCACUUCUGACAGAAACCUUUAUGAACUGAACAGGUGAUAUGUAAAGGUGGUUUUUGAAGCCAAGGAGUUCAACAAGUCUGUGUAGAACAAAAAUUGUCUAAGAGGAAAUCCCACUCUGUGCAAUAUUAGUCUAUUUUAGAGUGAAGUUCAUGUCCAAGUAAAUUUUGGAUGACUAUGUUCAGUUGGUUUAUUUUUGUAAAGCCUUUUCCUGAUGUAUAUUUUUCUAAAACAAUAUCAUUCUCCAACAGAAGAGACACCUAUGAACACUGAGAGAUAAAAUAUUGUUAGGCAAAGAAAAUGCCUCCUUUUUAAACAGGGGAAAAGCCAUAGUACUUCUCAUCAGCAACAGUGAUGGUAUUUGCUGAAAAUCAAUGUCACCCUUACAUAUACCCUAUAAUUUUUGUUUGCUGUAUUUGAGUGUUUAUCUAAUUUAAUAAUAAAAAAUAAUAACAUAAGAAAUAAAUAUUUAUAUAAAUCUAAAAAAGUGUAUAAUAUAAUUGAUUCAUUUUAUUUUGGAUUAUUUUCUUCAAAACAUCACUUUUUUUCCCAAAGGAGAAGAACAUGUUUUGAUAUUUGUAUCCAAUGUUUAUUUAUUUAUAAAUCAUUAUUUAUUUAUACAGUAUAUAAGUAUUACUAUGUUUCAAAUUAACAGCUUUUUUUAAUUUUCUUAAUGUGUGCUUUUUCAAACGGAAUGUUUAGGUUUCAAAAUGCACAUGUGAUGAAUUAUCUGCAUUAUUUUAUAUUUAUCUCUGACUACAUACAGAAACAAGAAAGUGCAAUAUUGUACUUUACUAGGAAAUUUAAAUAUUUUACUUCCUGCUUGUUUACAAGAGUUAAGUCCAAGGCACAAGCCAUGCAAGGCCUAAUGCUGAAGUUACAGCAAAAGAAAAAAAAGGAAAGUUAAUUUAUGUUACUCAUUCUAUUAAUCAUAGGCAUAGAACACUAUAUAUUUUGUCAUUAAUUCAGUUUGCUAAACAAAAAAUAACUAUACACUACAAAUAAGAUAAUGUUCAGGUUUGUCAACUGUUUUGCUCAUGUCAACUAUUAGACCCUUACUGUCAACUGUUACAUUCUGUACAUUUUUUUUAAUACACAUAUAUUUUCAAUUACUUAAAUGCUGCUUCAGACAUGCUUUAAAGUGCAUUUUAUAUUCCCACAGAUAGGACCUUUGCAUAACAAUCUCAAAAGUAUGAAAGUAUUAUCUAUAUUAUAGAUUUAUGAUAAAAUACUGUAUGUAUCUAUCCAUACCCACCAUGAUGAGAAUACCACACUUACAUCUGCAAACAUCAAAUUCAUCAAAGUCUUAAAAUUAUCUGUUUUUUGAUAUGUAACAAAUGGAAUAAAAGCACCCAUUUGCUGCAUAUCUGCAUUGAUGUCACUGUAAGAUAAAAGUACUGAGGCUUUGAAAUACUGUACAAUACAUUAUUGAUUAUUUCUGAAUGAUUGAUUACUUGCAGUUAAAAAAAAAAAAAAAAAACACUUGUCCCUUUAAGCUGAUGUCUUUGUACUGGCUGGCCUGGAUGUGGCUACACAUAUCGUACAGUAUGUCGUCUGUUGUGACUCUAACAGCAUCUAACAUAAGUUUAUCUAGGAUGCUUAUAUAUUAUUGUUUAUUUUAUCACAUUAACAGAUCAGAGGUGAAUAUUUAUUAUGUAAUGGAUAAAAAAAAAGCUUCUGAAUACAUGUACGGGUAUGAAAUUGUACUGUAAUUAAUGGAGAUUCAGGACAAAAUAAUCUAAUUUAUCUGAACAGAUGUGUUUUGCAAAAUCAUACAGUCAUGUCUAUAGAAAAAGUGAUUUAUUUGUUACUUUACUCACACUGCUAUCAAGUGUUGCUUGUUCUUUUCUGUUAAGAGAAGGAAAUAUCUCAUUGAUCUAUGGUUUAAAAUGUCAUAUUUGUUACUGUCCAAAAGAACAUUGUCAAAAAUGUCACAUUUUUCAUCCUGUCAAUGAAUAGAGAUUGAAGAGAAUUUGAAACUGAAGCAUUUUACCCAGAAACCUUAGAACAAAGCUACCAAAUUGGCAUCAGUCAGAAUGAACAUUGUCUAUAUAUAGCUAGAUUGUUUUGCUUACCUUUAUUGUUACACUGUGUAAUAUUAUUUAUUGACAUGUUGAAUAUCACAUAUGUGAAAUAAAGUAAAAAUAAAGGUUUUGCUAAUGUCA